CUCUUUCUUUCAAUCGAAUCUUCUUGGAUCAUUUAAUCCAUAAUUUUCCCAGAAGAAUCUCACAACCGUCACCACUAUCACAAUUGCCAGAUUCACCUCUCGUAUUCAUACUCACAUAUAAUUUAUGUAUAGAUUAUUCUCACAGAUCUGUGCCACAAAAUUCACUUACACCACCUGUACUGUCAUCUUUACGGUGUAUGCGACACAGAGAAUGUGCUUAUAUAGAUCUUGAGCAGAACAUUAGAAAUUUUGGGUUGGAGAAAAGAACGAAAUAAAUUUCGAAGAAUGUUGUUGUGGGAUGGGUAUGUGAGUGAUGAAUUGAUGGGGACAUUUGCCCCAAUUGUGGUAUACUGGAUGUACGCAGGGUUUUAUCAGUUGUUGCCGCCUCUAGAUAACUACAGGCUGCACACAAGAAAGGAGGAAAGCAAGAAAAAUUUGGUUCCGUUGGGGGUUGUGAUCAAAGGCGUUCUCCUUCAACAGCUUGUUCAGGCCGUUGUCGCUCAUUUGCUCUUUUUGGUAACAUCUAAUGCAAGUUCUUCCGGGGUUACAGUUCAGCCGUCUCUUUCUAUUCAGGCUGUGCAAUUUGCUAUUGCUAUGCUGGUCAUGGACGCAUGGCAGUACUUUGUGCAUCGUUACAUGCACCAAAACAAGUUUUUGUACCGUCAAAUACACUCUCAGCAUCAUAGGUUGGUGGUCCCUUAUGCCAUUGGGGCCCUUUACAAUCACCCACUGGAAGGUCUCCUACUUGACACAGUUGGUGGUGCUAUCUCUUUCCUUGUUUCAGGAAUGACUGCACGUACUGCUGUUUUCUUCUUCUGUUUCGCUGUGGUCAAAACUGUUGAUGAUCAUUGUGGACUUUGGCUGCCGGGUAAUAUCUUCCAUCUAUUUUUCCAAAACAAUACUGCGUACCAUGACAUUCAUCAUCAACUCCAAGGUACAAAAUUCAACUAUUCUCAGCCAUUCUUUUCAAUCUGGGACAAAUUGCUCGGAACUUAUGUGCCCUACAGACUUGUGAAGCGACCUGAAGGGGGUUUUGAGGCAAGGCUGAUAAAAGACUAAGUACAGUGACCUUAAAAGCAUGUUUGGCAGAAAAUAUUGGACAAGACUAGCUGGUUUAUUUUUCUUUCUUGAUUGUAUUCUCCAGCAUAACAAUCAUGCAGUAAGUCUUAGUGUUAUUUAAUUUGUCAUGUAGGAUUUCUUGCAUAACAAACAUGCAGUUGUACCACUCUUGCUGAGCAUGCAACAUGUUUGUCCUUGAAAGCUCUACAUCUUUGAGGGAGUUGAAAUUUGCCGCUGAUAUUUUAAAAUUUUCAUUAUUUCCUGUUAAUCUCCAAUAUUUUCCCAUUUGAUUUGUCAUGUUGACUUCAUCAUUAACAUACCAAUGAAUUGUAAGUUCAUUA